AUGGCAGAGUUCAAAGUCCCAGAAAGCAUCCCACAGGACUUGCUCCUCAUUCAAGAAUAUGUCAGCGUCCCCGCUCCGCCUUCUCCCAAACCAAAAACCCAGCAACCCGCGAAGAGCAUAUCGGACCAAGACAUAAGCAGCAGCAGCGACGACGACGACGACGAUGAUAUCGCGAGCGAAGAAGAGAUCGCGGCGGACCUUAUUACGGGCGCGGCUACGGACGAAGACGACUUUGUCAAGGUCCCGUCAAUUGCAGAGCCUACAGCGUCUACCUCUGAAUCGGACCAGGACUCGGAUUCAUCCAGCUCUGAUUCUUCUGACGACGAAGAGGAGGAGGAUGCAAAGAAGACAAGCGGGAAAGACGGUCUGGACGCCGACCUGGUUGAAGACAUCGACGACGACGAGGGCGGGGCCGUACCCGGCACAUCCUCCACCACGUACUUCCAGACCAAACACGAGAUUGCAGAGGCGGAGAUUACCAUCCCUGACGUGGACGAGGUCGGGCCUGACGAGGUGCUCGAGAAAGUGGGCGAGGUGAUGAACACGCUGGAUAAAGUCGCGAUUGUGCGCGGGCUGCCGUCGGAGCAGCUUAACCGCGCCUCGGAGCGCGCGUUGGACUCGGACACGUUGUUGGUGUUUGAAGAUCGUAAAGUCAUGGGCUAUAUCUACGAGACGUUCGGGCCUACGACGCAGCCGCUCUACCAAGUCCGAUUCGACCCUACCAAAUUCCCCUUGGACCCCGCGCGCGUGCGCCCCGGUCGAGAGGUGUUCCACGUUCCCGCACGCAGCCGCUUUGUCUUUGUUAGCCAGAUAAAAGCGAUCAAAGGCAGCGACGCGUCGAAUGUACACGACGAAGAGCCCGCGGAGGACGAAGUGGAGUUUUCGGACGAUGAGAUGGAAGCUGCGUUUAGAAGCCGGAUGAAGAGAAAACGCGGUGAAUCGCGCGCGAACUCGGUCGCUGCGUCCUCGAGACAGUCGACGCCCAACCCCACGCUCAUGCGCGACCAAGAUCUGGCCGCGUCGUCCUCAUUUGGAUUUGCAGCUGCAGCGGACGAAGCGGCGUUUCUGAGCCGUAACGCGUAUGACGAGCAUGGGCCGUACGAUGUGGAUUAUAGUGAAGUUGCGUCGGGGUCGAGGUCGGCGGCGGCUGAUGCGUAUGGUGUGCCGGGGAGACCGCCGCCGAUACCGUAUGAUGAUCCGUAUGGGGAGGAGUAUACUGCGCCGGAUUUGGUGGAGAGGGAGAGGGAGGCUAGUGCGGGAGGAGGAGCGGUGGGGACGGGGGGAUAUAGGUCAGAUGAGAAGGCGAGAAGCGCGUACACGGAUGAGAAGGCAUGGACUACGAGGGGCGCAUACCAGGGUCAGAGUCAGAGCCAGAAUCAAGGGCGGGGUAGGGAUGGUAGAGAGCGUGGAAGAGGAAGAGGACGGGACAGGGACAGGGACAGGGAGCGUGGGGGACAGAGGGGGCGGGGGCGAGGCCAGAACCACAAUUACAGUCAGAACGGCAGCCAGGGACAGGGACAAAGGCACGCGCAGGGACAAGGCGCGUAUGCCGACCAGCAACAGUAUCGGACAAUGGCGUCAUGGCAAGGCCAGGGGCAAUCCCAUAACCAGGAAUAUGGCCACACAGGAGGCGGGGAAUAUGGAUAUGGGAGGGCGUACGCGCCUUCUUCCGAGUGGGCGUAUGGGGUCGGCGCGCAGGAUCAGCAGCAGAUGAUGUAUAUGCUGCAACAGCAGCAGCAGGGGUACAAUCCUGCGUUUAAUGCUGCGUUUGGCAUGGGGAUGGGUGGCGGCUUUGGUUAUGCAGGAGCGAGUGCGGGGUAUCACGCGCAAGGACAGGGGUAUGCUGCCGGGUACGCGACUAGCGGUGGCUCGGGCGGAGGGGGGAGUGCAGCGGCAGCCAUUCCUGGUUUAGGUGCUGGCUUUGUCCAACCACAUAUCAACCCCCGCUUUGCAUCUGCGUUUGGACUAGGGAUGUCUGGUGGCGAGCGCAUGAAUGAGGGAUCUGGAGGUGCUGCCCGCCAAGCCAUGCCCACCCGACCCCGACACACGACCAAUCACUUCCUUUUCUCACGCCUCCUCACUCCCCUGUCUCUCUCCUCGUAUACCCUGCUCUUCAUCCGUAUCGUGCGACUUGGUCUCAUGCACUAG